GGCGGCCUUCGCGCCCGCGCCGGCGCCCUGCGGAAGCCGCGUUAGUGAAUCGGGGCCUUGGGGAGCCCAGGAUGGAGGUGGCGGUCGCGGCGGCGGCGGCGGCGGCGGGCCGAGCCCUGCGGCGGGCAGGAGGAGGUGAGCACCAGGCCUGCUGAGCCUCCCAGAGCUGCCAGCCAUGCCCGGGAUUGUGGUGUUCCGCCGGCGCUGGUCUGUGGGCAGCGAUGACCUCGUCUUGCCAGCCAUCUUUCUCUUCCUCCUGCACACCACCUGGUUUGUGAUCCUGUCUGUGGUGCUCUUUGGUCUGGUCUACAACCCACACGAGGCCUGCUCCCUGAACCUAGUGGACCACGGCCGCGGCUACCUGGGCAUCCUGCUGAGCUGCAUGAUCGCCGAGAUGGCCAUCAUCUGGCUGAGCAUGCGUGGGGGCAUCCUCUACACGGAGCCCCGUGACUCCAUGCAGUAUGUGCUCUACGUGCGACUGGCCAUCUUGGUGAUCGAGUUCAUCUAUGCUAUUGUGGGUAUCGUCUGGCUCACACAGUACUACACCUCCUGCAAUGACCUCACUGCCAAGAACGUCACCCUUGGAAUGGUUGUCUGCAACUGGGUGGUUAUCCUCAGCGUCUGCAUUACUGUCCUCUGUGUCUUUGACCCCACGGGCCGCACGUUCGUCAAGCUGAGAGCCACCAAGAGGAGGCAGCGCAACCUGCGGACUUACAAUCUGCGGCACCGCUUAGAGGAGGGUCAGGCCACCAGCUGGUCCCGCCGGCUCAAAGUGUUCCUCUGCUGCACCCGGACAAAGGACUCCCAGUCAGAUGCCUACUCAGAAAUUGCCUACCUCUUCGCUGAAUUUUUCCGAGACCUCGACAUCGUGCCCUCUGACAUCAUCGCCGGCCUAGUGCUGCUCAGGCAGCGGCAGCGAGCCAAGCGCAAUGCGGUGCUGGAUGAGGCAAACAAUGACAUCUUGGCUUUCCUGUCUGGGAUGCCAGUGACCAGAAACACCAAGUACCUCGACCUCAAGAACUCGCACGAGAUGCUGCGCUACAAAGAAGUCUGCUAUUAUAUGCUCUUCGCCCUGGCUGCCUAUGGCUGGCCUAUGUAUCUGAUGCGGAAGCCCACCUGUGGUCUCUGCCAGCUGGCUCGGUCCUGCUCGUGCUGCCUCUGCCCUGCACGGCCCCGAUUCGCCCCUGGAGUCACCAUUGAGGAAGACAACUGUUGUGGUUGCAAUGCCAUCGCCAUCCGCCGCCACUUCCUGGAUGAGAACAUGACUGCGGUGGACAUCGUUUACACCUCCUGUCAUGAUGCGGUCUAUGAAACUCCCUUCUAUGUGGCAGUGGACCAUGACAAGAAGAAGGUGGUGAUCAGUAUCCGUGGAACCCUGUCCCCUAAGGAUGCCCUGACUGACCUGACAGGUGAUGCUGAGCGCCUCCCUGUGGAGGGACAUCGAGGCACCUGGCUGGGCCAUAAGGGCAUGGUGCUGUCAGCAGAAUACAUCAAGAAGAAGCUGGAGCAGGAGAUGGUCCUAUCCCAGGCCUUCGGGAGAGACCUGGGCCGCGGAACCAAACAUUACGGCCUGAUUGUGGUGGGCCACUCCCUGGGCGCUGGCACAGCCGCUAUUCUCUCCUUCCUCCUGCGCCCUCAGUACCCGACCCUCAAGUGCUUCGCCUACUCACCCCCAGGGGGCCUGCUGAGUGAGGAUGCCAUGGAAUACUCCAAGGAGUUUGUGACUGCUGUGGUUCUGGGCAAAGACCUCGUGCCCAGGAUUGGUCUUUCUCAGCUGGAGGGUUUCCGCCGGCAGCUCCUGGAUGUCCUGCAGCGAAGUACCAAGCCCAAAUGGCGGAUCAUCGUGGGGGCCACCAAGUGCAUCCCCAAGUCAGAGCUGCCGGAGGAGGUGGAGGUGACCACCCUGGCCAGCACACGGCUCUGGACCCACCCCAGUGAUCUGACCAUUGCCCUUUCGGCCAGCACCCCGCUCUACCCACCGGGCCGCAUCAUCCAUGUGGUUCACAACCACCCUGCAGAGCAGUGCUGCUGCUGUGAACAGGAGGAGCCCACCUACUUUGCCAUCUGGGGUGACAACAAAGCCUUCAAUGAGGUGAUCAUUUCACCGGCCAUGCUCCAUGAGCACCUGCCCUACGUGGUCAUGGAGGGGCUCAACAAGGUGCUGGAGAACUACAACAAGGGGAAGACGGCACUGCUCUCUGCUGCGAAGGUCAUGGUAAGCCCCACCGAGGUGGAUCUGACUCCGGAGCUCAUCUUCCAGCAGCAGCCUCUGCCCACGGGGCCGCCCCUGCCCACUGGCCUGGCCCUGGAGCUGCCUGCUGCAGACCACCGCAACAGCAGUGUCAGGAGCAAGUCUCAGUCUGAGAUGAGCCUGGAGGGCUUCUCCGAAGGGCGGCUGCUGUCCCCAGUGGCCGCAGCAUCGGCAGCCCGCCAAGACCCUGUAGAGCUGCUGCUGCUGUCCACCCAGGAGCGGCUGGCAGCAGAGCUGCAGGCCCGGCGGGCACCAUUGGCCACUAUGGAGAGCCUCUCAGACACAGAGUCACUGUACAGCUUCGACUCCCGCCGCUCCUCGGGCUUCCGCAGCAUCCGAGGCUCACCCAGUCUCCACGCUGUACUAGAGAGAGAUGAGGGUCACCUCUUUUACAUUGACCCUGCCAUCCCCGAGGAGAACCCAUCCCUCAGCUCCCGAACAGAGCUGCUGGCAGCAGACAGCCUGUCCAAACACUCACAGGACACGCAGCCCCUGGAGGCGGCUCUGGGCAGCGGGGGUGUCACUCCUGAGCGGCCACCAAGUGCAGUCAAUGAGGAGGAGGAGGCAGCAGCGGGUGGAGAAGGUGGUGGAGCGGCACCGCGAGGAGAGCUGGCGCUGCACAACGGGCGUCUGGGGGACUCGCCCAGCCCUCAGGUACUGGAGUUCGCUGAGUUCAUCGACAGCCUCUUCAACCUCGACAGCAAGAGCAGUUCCUUUCAGGACCUCUACUGCAUGGUGGUGCCCGAGAGCCCCACUAGCGACUAUACUGAGGGCCCCAAGUCUCCCAGCCAGCAGGAGAUUCUGCUUCGGGCCCAGUUUGAGCCCAAUCUGGUGCCCAAGCCCCCUCGCCUCUUUGCAGGCUCUGCUGACCCCUCCUCUGGCAUCUCGCUCUCACCCUCCUUCCCACUCAGCUCCUCCGGGGAGCUCAUGGACCUGACGCCCACUGGCCUCAGCAGCCAGGAGUGCUUGGCUGCAGAUAAGAUCCGGACUUCCACCCCCACAGGCCAUGGGGCCAGCCCUACUAAGCAGGAUGACCUGGUCAUCUCAGCACGCUAGCACCUGGCAGCAGCUGCCAGCCCCUCCCCAGCCAGAAAUGGAGGCCCUGUGGGUACCUGGUGGCCACUCCAGGCUGGGUAGCUUUGAGGAGAGGCUCCCAGAGGCCAGGUGGCCUCAGGCCCUGGGACUCUGCUGCUGAGCAGGGGGUCUGCAUCCCUACCUCAGCCUAGGACCCCCAGAACCAAGAUGGCUGGGGAAAACAGGUGGGCUUGGAGCAGAGAGGAGCCUUCAGGGUAGAUGGGCCAUCCUCAGCCCUUAGCCUGACUCCUCUGUCGGGGGCAGGCUGGUGCCUCUGUUCUGGAAGUGGCACUAGGCAAGCUGGCUCCUGUCACUGCCCUCUGACUGCUCUCCAGGGCCAAGGUAGAAAGCAGCUCUCUCCCACAUAUCCUCUAUGUGGUUCAGGUUGGCACCUGCCCUGGCCACCAAUCCCCCAGAUCUGGUGCCUGCUGGCCAGCCCCCCUGGGGUGACUCCCCCCAACCAAGGUGGCCCACAGUGCUGUAUAUGUUUACAGAAUCUGCUGGGUUUGGCUCAGGAUGUAUCUUGCGUUCCCAAGCCCCACACCCAAUCAUGUGUUCAGUAGCCUCCCACUCCCCUCCCACCCCACGCAAAAGAAGGACCUGAAGCAGCAGAGGGGCCCAGAGGGGCCUGGAGGAGGGUGGGGUCAGGACUGCCCCUUCUCUGCCUGGUGCCCCUUCAGUGACCAUCAUCUGCUUGGGUCCUGCCCACUGGGGCUUGCCUUGCCAACCUGCCACUUCCUGACUUCCUGGCUCACCUUCUACCCCAGGGACCCUGGCCAUUCAAAGGGUGGUGGACAAUCCUAUGAUGUCACCUUUGGCUGUAGAGUCAGGGCCCUAGGAGGGAAGAAGGCACCUGGAGCCCCUGUCUCCUAAGGGUCCUGCCUGACCCCUUUAUGUCACCCCACCAAGCCUAGGCAGCUCUGGGCCCUGGGGUCUGAAACCAAACAUGCCUCUGCCCAUUUGCUCUCUUGGCUGCCUCACUCCUUCCUAGGUCUGGGCUCCACCUCCUCCUAUGUCUGCCCUAUAGGAAGAGGGGCUAAGAGUAGGGUAUUGCGGGAUCUGUCUGGAGAUCCCCUGCCCACUGCCCAGAGGAGGGGCCUAGGGCCCAGGGGUUGUCCCAGGUUAACCUGAGGCCUCCAUAGGAUUCCCUAUGGGUUUGAGAAGUAGUCCAGGAGAUGGGACUGGGGUGGGGGAGGUCAUGCAUGCUAGUGUCAGGUGUGUGUGUGCAUGUGCAUGAAUGUGCACCACUCCUGAGGAAAGGGGCUGCUGGGGGCUGCAUGCCCUCCCUGCCCUGCCUGCCUCCUGCCCCUCCUAGCCUGCCAAGAAUAUAGCCUGUGAAGUGGGGCCUCUGGACAAGACAGUCACUGAGGUGUGCAGGCGAGCAACUGCCCGCUUGUGCCUUCGUCUCCUUGGAGGCAUGGUCCCUCCCACCCUGGCCCCACUCUCAGCCUCCCUGGGCCACCUAGGCUUCCCUGACCACGUUGCCCCAUCUAAUGAUCAUUGGUAUCUGGCCCUGAGCCUUGACCCUAACUCCGCAUAGCUGAGGUGGCCUGGAUGGCUGUCCACUCUGACAGCUAGAGACAGAGACCUGGGAGCUGGGCCUCCCCUCACUCUGACUUCUAUCCCUACCAGAAUCCUGGCCACCCUGCCCCCUUCAGAGGCAGUGCCUGAGCCUAGCACAGAAGCAAGAUAAAAAUCAGUGGCUCUUAGAAUUCAAAACAUUAAACAAAAAUCUUAAAUCAGAGGGAAGUUCCAACAAACACUCCAGCCAGCAACAGGGAGACUUGGGUCUGGUCUUUUAACUCUUCCUCUGCCAGGGUGGGUCUGGGAAGGGGCCUCUAGGGUGUGCCUCCUAUGCCCAGGACUGAGCCAUCAGGGACAGACCCCCCCACCCCCAAGGCUGCAGCCUUACUGUGUUACAGGCUUGGAGCUGGGGUAGAAUUGGACUCAGCCCUAGACACCCAGGGCCAGCCCACCCCUCUCCUGCCCCCUCCCUGCUCAACCCUGAAGGGUGGGCUUGCUGCACGUCUCCUUCCACCCCAUGCCACAUCUAGGGGGAUCUGAGCCACCCCCCUCAGCCCAGCUCAGAUCUACCCCACACUGUCCCCCAGACCCCAGCACAAGCUCUCCCAGCCCUGCGCUGGCCUUUCCUCCCAGGGAUCUUGGUGACCUCCAUAUGCAAUGAGCAGCCGGGCCCCCACAAACCCUCUGCACUCCAUGUGCCAUUCUCCCAUGAAAUUUUUUUGUACUUUAUGAAAGAUCCACACUAAUAUUGCUGUAAAAAGGAGAGACAAGUUAAUAUAGCUUAUUCUAUAAAUAUAUCUGUAUAUAAAGGUUUCUGUAUAUUGUAUAGAACUGUGUAUAAACUGGAUGUAGAAGCACA